ACCAAAUUUCAAAAUUCUCUCUCUCUCAGACUCUCACUCACUCAGGAUUCUCACUCAUCACUCAAUCAGAUGCCGUUUAUUUCCGAAACUGCUAGUGCGAUAAAGCGCCGGUUCGGAUUCAACGAUCGUGCGGCCGCGUCGGAGUCCCUGCGCUCUGUGCCGUGCACGCCGGAUGCAAGCACCGUCUCGAGGGAGAACAACACUUAUCAUCAGUCUCUGGUUGUCUCUUCCGCGGUUCGAAGAAUGCCCAAUUUGGACGAAGAUGGAGAGAUUUGCGCUGGAUCUGCUCAGAUUUUGAGGUCUCAAAGCUUCGAGUUCAACGAGGAUCCGUCUUUCUGGAAAGAUCACAAUGUGCAGGUUAUCAUAAGAACCCGUCCACUUAGUAGUUCAGAGAUUUCUACACAAGGGAACAACAAAUGUGUUAGGCAAGACAAUGGCCAGGCAAUCACUUGGAUUGGGAAUCCAGAGUCUCGUUUCACAUUUGAUCUCGUUGCUGACGAGAAUGUUACCCAGGAGAAGAUGUUUAAAGUGGCUGGAGUGCCUAUGGUGGAGAAUGUCGUGGCUGGCUACAAUAGCUGCAUGUUUGCCUAUGGCCAGACUGGAAGUGGCAAAACUCACACUAUGCUUGGAGAUAUCGAGGGAGGAACACGUAGACAUAGUGUCAACUGCGGGAUGACACCUAGAGUUUUUGAGUAUUUGUUCUCAAGGAUCCAAAAGGAAAAGGAGGUCCGCAAAGAGGAAAAACUACAGUUUACUUGUAGAUGCUCAUUUCUGGAGAUAUACAACGAGCAAAUCCUUGAUUUGCUAGAUCCAUCAUCUAAUAAUCUACAGCUAAGGGAAGACCACAAGAAAGGUAUCCAUGUUGAAAAUCUAAAGGAGAUUGAAGUUUCAAGUGCCAGAGAUGCGAUUCAACAAUUGAUGCAGGGUGCUACAAACAGAAAAGUAGCUGCUACUAAUAUGAAUCGUGCAAGUAGUCGAUCCCACAGUGUGUUUACAUGUAUCAUUGAAAGCAAGUGGGUAUCUCAAGGUGUAACUCAUCAUCGUUUUGCACGGCUCAAUCUUGUUGAUUUAGCUGGAUCUGAAAGGCAAAAGAGUUCAGGAGCUGAAGGUGAACGCCUCAAAGAAGCAACCAACAUCAACAAGUCUCUUUCAACAUUGGGGCUUGUGAUCAUGAAUCUUGUAAGCGUUUCCAAUGGAAAAUCAGUCCAUGUUCCUUAUAGAGAUUCAAAGCUCACGUUCCUGCUCCAGGAUUCUCUUGGAGGAAAUUCAAAGACAAUAAUAAUUGCUAAUAUAAGCCCAUCUAGCAGUUGCUCGUUGGAGACCCUAAGUACCUUGAAGUUUGCGCAGCGUGCCAAGCUUAUUAAGAACAAUGCAAUUGUCAACGAAGAUGCAUCUGGAGAUGUUAUUGCUAUGCGGCUACAAAUUCAACAGCUCAAGAAAGAAGUAUCCCGCUUAAGAGGAAUGGUUAACGUUGGAGUAGACAAUCAGGACAUUGACACUAUCUCAAUGGGUUGCCCUGCUUCUCCAAUGUCUCUCAAGUGGGAUGGAUUCAAUGGAUCAUUCACUCCUUUAACCACUCACAAAAGGAUGUCUAAGCCAAAAGACUACGAAGUUGCACUUGUUGGUGCUUUCAGAAGAGAGAGGGAAAAGGACGCUGCCUUACAGGCUUUGGCUGCUGAGAAUGAGGCCUCAAUGAAGUUGGAAAAGAAAAGAGAGGAUGAAAUACGAGGGCUGAAAAUGAUGUUAAAGCUCCGAGAUUCAGCAAUUAAGAGUUUACAAGGUGUAGCAUCAGGAAAGAUUUCUGUUGAAGCACAUCUGCAGAAAGAAAAGGCUGACCUUUUGAAGGAGAUUGAGGUGCUACGUGCUCAGGUUGACAGAAAUCAAGAAGUUACCAAAUUUGCCACGGAGAAUUUGCGAUUGAAAGAAGAGAUCCGAAGAUUGAAGUCACAAUGUGAGGAAGGUGAACGAGAUAUCUUGAAUCAACAGAUUCAAGUGUUACAAGCUAAGCUGCUAGAAGCUCUUGAUUGGAAACUCAUGCACGAAUCAGAUUACACCAUGGGGAAAGGAGAUGGCAGCAUCAGCAAUAUGUUCUGCCCAAACCAGAAUGAAGAAUCAAAGAAACUUUCGUCCAUCCAAGAUGAGAAUGAAUUCCUCCGGAUGCAGGCUAUUCAAAAUCGGGCAGAGAUGGAAUCUCUUCAGAAAUCAUUAAGUUUUUCCAUUGAUGAGAAAGAGAGAUUGGAAAAGCUUGUUGAUAGUUUGGCUAAGCAGCUUGAGGGAAUAAGAACCUCAGGCACGGUUGGCGAUGAUGGUCAGAUGGAGGUUAAAACAAUGGUUCAAGCCAUUGCAUGUGCUAGUCAAAGAGAAGCUGAAGCUCACGAGACAGCUAUCAAGCUGUCGAAAGAAAACGAUGAAUUGUGCAAGAAAAUAAAGGUUCUGAUUGAGGACAACAACAAACUUAUAGAGUUGUAUGAGCAAGUAGCCGCAGAAAACAGCUCCAGAGCUUUGGGGAAUACCGAGACAGAUUCAUCGAGUAAUAAUGCUGAAGCUCAGAACAGUGCCGAGAUUGCUCUUGAGGUCGAGAGAAGCGCAGCUGCGGAACUGAAGAGUAUGAUAGGAAACUUAGAGAAUCAGCUUAGCGAGGUGCACGAGGAGAACGAGAAGCUGAUGAGUCUGUAUGAAAAUGCGAUGAAGGAAAAAGAUGAAGUCAAAAGACAGAUCUCUCCUCCUGGUCAAGAGAAGCUAAUUGAAGUUGAUGCUGGUUGCUCCAGUGACACUGAAAUGAAGCAUUGCAACGUUUCUUCUGAAAGGUUCACAGGAGAUUUAAACUCGGCAAGGAAGAAACUUGAAUUGGCGCAGGAAAAGCUUUCAGCCUCUGCCAAAACCGUUGGAGUGUUCUCGUCGCUCGAAGAGAUUCUUUUGGAUAUAAUCAAACUGUCAAAGCAAAGCAAAGAGGCUGAAAACAGAGUUAAGGAGCACCAGAACGAGCUAGGAUCAAUCGAAGCCGUCUCUGAUCACACUAACGCAAGAAAAGAAGUUGCAGAGAAAAAGAUUGCUGCUCUCAGAUGCUCACUAUCAAAAUUUGUAUCAUCUUCCGCUUACUUUCAACAGCGAGAAGAACGGGCAAAGGCGCGUGCGAACGCAACUUCCGAUCAUCUAAACAAGAAAAAGGAAGAGCUCGACGUUCUCCGUUCUUACAAAAGAGAAAUCGACGCUGCUAUGGGUAAGAUCCAACAAUCCGAGGCGGAGCUGAAGAGUAACAUCGUAAUGCUGAAGAUAAAAGUUGAUGAAGAGAACAGGAGACACGAGGAAGAGAAGGUUCUUUGUUCGAUCGAUAACAUUGAGAAGAUCAGUACUCCUCAAAGAAACACUCUGCUUACAGGCAAAGCCACAGAUUUGCUGAAAUCCGAGGAAGAGAAAACAAAGCUCCAGUCUGAGAUGAUGCUUUCCCGGGAGAAGCUGGGUUCGGUUAGAAAAGAAAUCGACGACAUGAACAGAAAGUCUCUGAAGCUGGAGACGGAGAUCAAAACCGUGGAAACAGAGAUAGAAAAGAGAUCAAAGACGAGAUCCGAAUCGGAGAGGGAAUUGGAUCUUACAAUCCAAGAAAAGCAAACGCUCCAGGCGAUGGAAGAACAAGGGAUGUCUGAAUUACAAAACUUGAUAAUCGAGAUUCACGAGCUUGUUUUCGAGUCAGAUCGGAGAAAAGAAGAGGCGAUGAUUGUAAGAGAAGAGCUCGACGCAGAGGAGCUUAGAGCGAAAGAGGUGCAUAAGGCUACGAUUGAGACGGUCGAUAAUGCGUUGAAAACGAUUGAGAUGGUCGAGAAGGAGAACAACGGGAAAUCUUUCUUAUCAGGAAAGGUUAAAGAAGAAGUAGAGACUGCUUUGGGUUUGGUUCACGAGGCUACCAGGUUGCUUGAAGAUUCUCCUUGAGUCGCACGUUAGUGAUUCUAGGUGUUUGUGUGAAAUUUAAAAAUUCUAGGUGUUGUGUAAAAUUUAAAAACAUUCCUAUUUUUUUCUUCUUA